AUGGCUACCAAAGACGAAGCUAGUGCUGUCCCCGCCGCAAGCAAAACUUCAUGGACUAGCUUCCUGAAGUCCAUCGCAUCCUUCAAUGGCGACCUCUCUUCUCUGACCGCACCGCCGUUCAUCCUCUCGACCACCUCUCUUACCGAGUACUCUGCGUACUGGUGCGAACAUCCCUCACUCUUCGUUGCCCCCGCACGCGAGCCCGAUCCUGCAAAGAGAGCGCUGCUAGUCCUAAGAUGGUUCUUGAGUACUUUGCACCAGCAAUACUGCUCUCGAAGCGAAAAGCUAGGAAGCGAGAAGAAACCUCUCAACCCGUUCCUGGGAGAGCUGUUCCUGGGCAAGUGGAUCGAGAAUGAGGAUGUGGGUGAGACAAAGUUAAUUAGCGAACAAGUCAGUCACCAUCCUCCGGCGACGGCGUAUUCGAUAGUCAACGAGAAGCAUGGAAUAGAGCUCCAAGGAUACAAUGCCCAAAAAGCCUCCUUCUCCAGUACCAUCCAAGUAAAACAACUCGGCCACGCAUACCUUUCCUUAACUCCGCCUGGCAAAGACGCAACCAACGAAGCCGACCGAGAACACUACCUCAUCACCCUCCCCAAUCUGCACAUCGAAUCCCUGAUAUACGGAACACCGUACGUAGAACUUGAGAAAACCACCAAAAUCGCCAGCUCAACUGGGUACAUCUCCAAGAUCGACUUCUCGGGCAAGGGAUGGCUCAGCGGCAAGAAGAACACCUUCUCAGCGGUUUUAUACAAGGAAAGCGAAGGCGAAAAACAUCCUUUAUAUACUGCUGACGGCCAAUGGUCGAGCAGCUUCACGAUCCGCGAUGCUCGCGCCAAGAAGGACGUUGAAGUCUUCACCGUGAGCAACAUGAAGACAACACCCUUAACAGUCGCCCCUCUCGAAGAACAGGAUGUAUGGGAAACCCGCCGCGCAUGGCGCGAUGUCGCCGCAGCCAUCGAACGCGGCGACAUGGAAGCCACUUCAGUGGCCAAAACCAAAAUCGAAGUCGCGCAACGCGAACUCCGCAAAAAGGAGAAAGAGGAAGGUGAAGAAUGGGAGCGACGAUUCUUCAAACGAGUCAAUGAGAAGGACGAUCAUACCUUUAUGCGAUUGGCAACAAUGCUGGACCUGACGCAGGGUAAUGGCGCGGGUAUCGAGAGUGAUCGUACCGGUGGAGUGUGGAGGUUUGAUGCUUCGCGUGCUGUUGAUGCGAMCCCGCCGUAUCAUAAGAUUGGCGGCGAGGGAUUGGGAUUGUAA